UGCUGCCCACCCCAGCCUGAAGCAACCAUCCUGGCCCCUCCCCACAUCCCCAAAUGCCUAAUAUAAGAGCUUCUCCUGGGGGCACAGCAGCCAAAAGCACUGAGAGCAGAGGCCUCAGAUUCUCAGACGGUUGUGCUGGACCCACAAGGACAGACCCAAGAAAGAAGGCGAGGCCGUGUCGCCCACAAAGGACUAAGCAGAGAUGAAAGCCUCCUUGCUCAUGCCCUUUCUCCUGCUGGUGACAGCUUCUGCUCUUCAUCUGGAGAAUGACGCCCCACGUUUGGAAAGCCUAGAGAUGGAAGCAGACUGGGACCAGGAUCUGGAUGGCUCAGGGGAGCAGGAGGAAGAGUUGGCCCUGACCGAGGAAGGGAUUCAGUCAACGGGAGAGGAUGACCAAGAUGCCGUGGAGUCAGACACAGCUGUCUCAGAUGAGGACUUGCAGUGCCCCAGGGAAGAGGACACAGUUGAAAUGCAGGGAGGCCCUGGGUGUAAGACCUGCCACUUCCGGUUGGUGAAGAGCCCAAAGAAUUUUCAAAAAGCUGAGAAAAUCUGCAAGAAAUGCUAUAAGGGCAACCUGGUCUCCAUUCACAGCUACAGCUCCAAUAAGCGUAUUCUCUCUCUGGCCAGUGCAGUCAACCGGGGCCAGGUCUGGAUUGGAGGCAUCCGCAAAUGCUGGUUUCUCCUCUUCAAGAAAUUCUACUGGACAGAUGGGAGCUGCUGGAAUUUUACCUUCUGGGCCCCAGGGGAGCCUGGGAAUGGGCAUGGCAACUGUGUGUCCCUGUGUACCGGAGAUGGCCGCUGGCGACGCAUUCAGUGCAACAGGAGGCGGCCCUUCAUCUGCUCCUACUAGGCAGCGGGCGCGGGGACCACCUCGGAGCCUCCCCCUUCCCAGUGCCCGCUUCCUGUCCCGCCCUCUGCCGGUAAUAAACGCAGACUGCUCACAGCA